GGUUUGCCCUGCCGAAUGCACCCGCGCCGGCCCGACGGCUUCGACGUCCUGGGCUACCGGGGCGAGCCGGGCUACGGCGGCCCCUUCGCGGCCAGGCCUUUCGGCAGCGCGUCGGACCUGGGCCACUGGGUGACGCCGCCGCCCGACAUCCCGGGGAGCCGCAACUUGCACUGGGCCGACAAGAGCCCUCCGGGCGCGCCCCCGUCCCCGCCACGCGCCCCCGCCGAGCCCGCCCCCGGCCACGCGCGCGCGCACAGCAGCGAACAGUUGAAUAGAUUUGCUGGAUUUGGUAUUGGACUUGCAAGUCUAUUUACAGAAAAUGUACUGGCCCAUCCUUGCAUUGUUCUGCGCCGACAGUGUCAGGUUAAUUACCAUGCUCGGUAUUAUCACCUCACUCCAUUUACAGUCAUAAAUAUUAUGUAUAGCUUCAACAAAACUCAGGGACCACGAGCCCUGUGGAAAGGAAUGGGAAGUACGUUUAUUGUCCAGGGGGUGACACUUGGAGCAGAGGGACUAAUCAGUGAAUUCACACCUUUGCCAAGGGAGGUUUCACAUAAAUGGAAUCUUACACAAAUCGCAGAACACCUUUUACUAAAAUCUCUAACUUACAUGGUGGCAAUGCCCUUUUAUUCAGCAAGUCUAAUUGAAACCGUACAGAGUGAGAUCAUUCGAGAUAACACUGGAAUUUUGGAGUGUGUCAGAGAAGGACUUGGAAGAGUGUUAGGCUUGGGAGUGCCUCAUAGCAAACGACUACUUCCUCUUCUUUCCUUGAUCUUCCCUACUGUGCUGCACGGGGUUCUUCAUUACAUCAUCAGUUCACUCAUUCAGAAGUUGGUCCUACUAGUUCUAAAGAGAAAGACUUACAGUAGCCACUUAGCUGAGAGCACUAGUCCUGUACAGUGUAUGUUGGAUGCUUAUUUUCCAGAACUUAUUGCUAACUUUGCUGCCAGUCUGUGCUCUGACAUUAUACUUUACCCAUUGGAAACAGUCUUGCACCGCCUUCACAUUCAAGGAACACGCACAAUAAUUGACAAUACAGACCUUGGCUAUGAAGUGCUUCCAAUUAACACACAGUAUGAGGGCAUGAGGGACUGCAUCAACACCAUCAGGCAGGAGGAAGGAGUGUUUGGUUUUUAUAAAGGUUUUGGUGCUCUCAUAAUACAGUACACACUGCAUGCAGCUGUGUUACAGAUUACCAAAAUUAUCUACGCUGCAAUUCUUCAAAAUAGCAUUUGAAAUUUAGGCUCCACAUUAUUCUAAAAGACCUUAUUAUGGAAUUAUGAGGGAUAAAAGUAAACUACUGGCUGAAAGAUGGAUUAGAAAAUGAGACUAACUUUUAAAGAUGCUUACUAUAUUGAUAGGGAUUCAAUAUAUUUUGGGCAAAAUACUCCUAGUUUGGAAACACAGUACAAUUAUGACUCAUAAAUUAAAUUCUACCCAGUUUAGCAUUUAUGCUGAGCUAACAGUAAUUCGGGGCAAAGUAUUUGUCAUCAAGUUUGAAAAACACUGUCAUAAAGUUGAAUUUAUUCCAUUCAACUUUCAUACAAUUUAUAAUUGGUGAACCUUGUAGGAUUAUAGUGGCAUAUCAUAUCAUCCUUAAUAUAGUUUAUGAUAUCAGAGGAUCAGUUUUACCUUAGAUACAUAAAUACAUCGUCUGUGAUAAAGGGUAGAGGCAUUAGACUUGGUCAUCUUUAAGCAGGAAUUGAGCAGUUAAAUUCCAUUAUCCUGUAGAACUUUUAGUGUGUACAUUUAUUAAGUCUUCACAUCAUGGACUUCAUCUUUACACAUUUCUACUCUUAAAUAGGUUUAUUACGUAGAAUGAAAUUUUGCCUAAAUAUCAGAGUAAAACAUUAAACGUGAAGGUCCCCAGAUACCUAAAAGUCAAUACCAUUUUUUUGUCCGUAAUCAAACCCAGCAUUUUAAUGCCAGUAACUUCAAAUUGAUCAUACUUUUAUAAAGUUUGAUUUGCCUGCCUAGUUAAAUGAAUCAUCAGACUGUUUUUAGAACUACUCUUAAAAGACUACAAUCAUGAUAACAUUAUUGUGACCAGAGUUACAGUGCGUGUGCUAAAAGGAAUGUCACUUGCCUUUCUUUAUGAAUGAUUUGUCUUAAGAGAGACAAUUAAAAUCCACCUGGAAAUUUGUA